AUGUUUAAACCCUUACGAAAAACUCAUCCUUUAUUUAAAAUUAUUAAUAGAUCAUUAAUUGAUAUACCAAUUCCUAGAAAUAUUUCAAUUAUAUGAAAUUUUGGCUCACUAUUAGGAUUAUGUUUAGUUAUUCAAAUUAUAACAGGCUUAUUUCUAUCUAUACAUUAUACCCCUAAUAUUGAAAUAGCUUUUUCAAGAACUAUCCACAUUUGUCGAGACGUAAACUAUGGGUGACUAUUACGUACCAUUCAUGCCAAUAGGGCCUCUUUUUUUUUUAUUUGUUUAUACUCCCACAUUGGACGAGGAAUAUACUAUAGUUCUUAUACUUAUUUUCAUACCUGAAUAGUUGGUGUAUUAAUUUUUUUCUUAACCAUGGCCUCAGCCUUUUUAGGCUACGUCUUACCCUGAGGGCAAAUGUCUUUCUGAGGAGCAACAGUUAUUACUAACCUCUUCUCUGCUAUUCCCUUCCUAGGUACAGAUUUAGUUCAAUGGAUUUGAGGUGGCUUCGCCGUAGACAACGCCACUUUAACUCGUUUUUUCUCAUUUCAUUUUUUAUUUCCAUUUAUUAUUGCAGCUUUAACAGUAAUUCAUAUUUUAUUCCUACACGAAACAGGGGGAAAUAACCCACUUGGAGUUUCUUCAUUUGUAGAUAAAGUCCCCUUUCACCCUUAUUUCAACUUUAAAGACAUCUUAGGAUUUAUUGUACUUUUCUGAGCCUUAAUUAUAUUAACCCUUCUUAAUCCCUACCUCCUUAGAGAUCCAGAUAACUUUAUUCCAGCAAACCCCUUAGUAACUCCCGUUCAUAUUCAACCUGAAUGAUAUUUUCUUUUUGCCUAUGCCAUCCUACGAUCAAUUCCAAAUAAACUUGGAGGAGUUAUUGCUUUAGUAGCUUCAAUUGCUAUUUUAAUAAUUCUACCAUUUACUCACAAUUCUACUUUCCGAAGAAGAACAUUCUACCCUAUUAACCAAAUUACUUUCUGAUAUUUAGUCUCAGUAGUAGUACUACUAACAUGAAUUGGAGCACGCCCAGUAGAAACUCCUUAUAUUCUAACAGGACAAAUUUUAUCUACACUCUAUUUUUUAUACUAUAUUAUUAACCCAAUUUUUACAAUAAUAUGAGAUAAAUGAUUAAAUU